ACAGACCGGUCACUCAAUGCGCACACCUUGGUUGUGUGUUCACCAUGUUAUUAUUGUAGAUCGACCUCGAAAUUCAGUCCGUGUCCUGUCUGCUGUUCAAGCUUCUACUACCUAACCAACCAGUAUUCGAUUUUUCUCUCUCAGUUCGUUUAUUUCAGUUUCAUUUUCAAUUUCAGAGUGGUCUCCGUGAUUAACGUUUCCGUUCGAUCAGAUUUUGAGUACGGUUUAACGUCGCAAAGUUCGUAUUUUUCUAUUCCGUGUGUUCAGUUGUAUUUAAAAAUACAUAUGCAACUGUAUUAUACACUUCGCCUUAAAAGUUUGUAGUUUGUAGUCCAAGAGUUAACUAUAAUAGUUGGUCGUCUUCAACUUAAGCACAUGUCGGUCAGUGGCGAGCUUCAGAUUACAACACAAGAAAUGGUCGAUACAGAAGCAUCGUGUCCAAAAUGUGUGUUCGACCGUCUGCCACCGGAAAUGAUCCGGUUCAUAUUCCGAAAGCAGUCCACAGACGAUCUUUUGCAGGCGUCGGCCACUACCGACCGGUUGUACCGAGUUGCACAGCACCACAUGUACGUUUCGGAAGGUGCGCUGCUCGUGCGUGGUGGCCAUGAUACUGCGGCCACAGUAACGCGAACGUUUGACGUGCGGAACGUUACGGCGCUUUACCUGGUGGACGUAUAUGACUUUGACCGGGACGUGCCCCGACAACUUCGGCGGCGCGACAACAGCGGCGAAGACGAUGGUGAAGACAGUGGCGAAGACGUCGGUGAAGACAGUGGCGAAGACAGCGGUGAAGAUGCUGGUGUAGAYAGCGGUGAAGACAGUGGUGAAUAUUGCGACGGAGAUGACAAUGACGACGACACCGAACGUAGCGACAGUAGCAAACCAGCGUACCGUGGCCGCCGGACGACGUCAUCGGCAUUGGAAGUGUUGCRUGUGGGUUACUGCCGGGAUGUAAAUUACGGCAACUUACCGGUUGAUGGUCUGCGCCGGUUGUUAUCCGGCGUCCGCGCCCGGCGGGUGUGCUUCAGCAACGUAGUGAUGACAGCUGACGACGUGGCCGACGCGGUGUCUGCUAUGCUUGAAGCUCACGAUGACGGGGACGACGUAGCUGUCAAUGAAAACAAUGGCAACGACGAUGACAGUGGUGAUGGCGGUGACGGCGGUAACGAUAUCGACAAUCAGCCGCCGGUACUCAGGUGCUCACACGAUCGUGCAGACGACAAUCGGGUGAUCGAGCUCAUGAAUGACGUCGAGCGCACGUGUGCCGGUCUGCUUUCAGAAUUCAGGGUAACGGUCCGGCGGCCGGUGCCGCAUGCGUACGCGGUCUAUCCGAUGUCCCGGUGUGGGAGCGCGGCAUCCGUCGGUGACUGGGAAGACGCGGCGGCCACA